AUGACUCAAGCCAUUCAAAGCUAUCAAUGUUCGAUUGAUCAUGACUUACACGCUGCGCUUCAACGAUUUUGGGUUCAAGAAGAAGCGCAACUAUCCGCACAAACAAUCUUUUCUAUAGAAGAACAAAAGUGUGAAGAUCAUUUUUGUAACAGCCACUCAAGAAACUCAUCGAAGAGAUAUGUAGUUCGUCUUCCCUUCCAGAAGUCACCGAAGGCCAUAGGAGAUUCUCGACCUGCUGCCUCUCGAAUGCUGUCUAGCAUGAUAAGACGCUUCUCAUGUGAUCACAAAUUAAAAUGUCUAUAUUCUGACUUUUUAAGGGAAUAUGAGUCGCUGGGUCAUAUGACACGCGUACCAGAAAGCAUCCCUGAACCACAACAGUUUUACUACUUGCCACAUCACGGCGUUCUUAAAGAAUCUAGCAGUUCUACUAAGCUGCGAGUUGUUUUUAAUGGCUCAUGUCGCACAAGUAGUGGCUGUUCUCUGAAUGAAGGAGAUCUUCACAUCGGUGCCAAGCUGCAGACAGACUUAUCCGAUGUGAUUUUGUGGUGGCGACAAUUUUCGUACGUCUUUUCAGCCGACAUGGAGAAGAUGUUUCGGCAGAUUUUGGUUCAUCCAGAUGAUCUGCGUUUUCAGAGAAUUCUUUGGUCACCAGAAUCAUCUCAGAAGACUUUAAUAUAUCAGUUGGCCACUGUUACUUACGGACUUGGUCCAGCGCCUUUCUUAGCAAAUCGCGUAAUGAAGCAAUUAACCAAAGAUGAAGGACAUCGCUUUCCCCUCGCAACAGAUGUUUUACUACGUGGGACUUACGUGGAUGAUUGCUUUGGCGGAGCGGAUUCCCCUCAAGAUGCAAAUGAGGUGAUUCAACAGCUAGACAACCUUUGCAAAUCAGGUGGUUUCGACCUACUUAAAUGGACAGCGAAUGAUUCAACGAUCUUGGCUGAUCUCUCAAUCAUGCGUCAUGCCUCUUCAACAUCAAUAUUCCUCGAUGGGAGUCCCCUAUUUAGAACGUUAGGAAUUAUAUGGAAUCCUGUCUCUGAUGCCUUUGUGUUUUUGGCAAUAAAUACCGAAAACGAUACAACGCCGACUAAAAGAAAAGUACUCUCACGCAUUGCGCAGGUUUUCGACCCAGUAGGAUGGUUGGCACUCAUUACAGUGCGCGCCAAAAUUUUCAUGCAAGAACUUUGGCUUACAAAACUCUACUGGGAUGAUCAACUUCCCGAGUCGCUCUCCCAACGCUGGAAUCAGUUCUUAAAUCAACUUCAAGAUAUCUCUCACAUCUCCAUUCCUCGUUGGAACGGAACCUCUGCAAACAUGCUUACUUUGGAAAUACAUGGCUUUUCCGAUGCCUCUCGAGACGCUAUGGCAGCUGUUGUUUAUCUUCGUGUACUUAACAAAACGAAUGAUGCUACAAUUUCUCUCAUUACAGCAAAAACAAAAGUUGCCCCAAUCAAGAAAAUGACGAUUCCUUGGCUUGAACUUUGCGCUGCAACUCUACUUACAAAACAAGUGGCUCACGUUGGAGAAGUGCUAAAUAUAUCGCAAGCACCCUGA